CCUAUCGACAAAACCCUCAAAGUCUGGAUAGCUGCCAAGCUAGGCCUCCUUGUGAGGUGGAUUUGGCACCAACCUGGCGCAAAACACGGCCCAGUUGGUGUUCAGAGAAAGAAGCCGGCAUCAAAACGAGCAAGGAGGAAAGGCAACGGAAGAGGCAGCCAACAGAGGGCUCCUAACGAGGUUGAUGAGGUCAAGGAAGUUACCCACGUCAUCACAGAAGCUAUGGAUAAAUUAAAGCAUUGA